AUUUGAAUUACAUCAAUGGUCAUUGAGGAGUGGUGAGAAGCAGUGAGCGAUGACAAUAUAAAAAAGUUACAAUUUGUGUAUGCAGAAAAAAAUAUUCCUUCGUGACAAUUAUUAUAUAGAAGAAUAGUUAAGAAAAAUUCCUUUAGAAUAUUUUUAUCAGAGAUUUACAUUCUUACUUUACCGCAUUACUUUCAUAAAUUCUUCCAUAGAUAAAUAUAUAUAUAUAUAUGUGGAUAAAGAUGCUAACUGUGAUAAAAUUGACUUAAUAAAUUUUUUAAAAACAAAUAUGGUAUCUUCGUGGUGCUAUUUUGUUUUACCUGUUGUGUUAUUAAUUGGAUUUCUUCGAAAAUGCCGUGAAUGUACUUGGGGAAGAUGUAAAAAUACGAGUAGCUUACAAGGACGAGUUUUUAUUGUAACAGGAGCUAAUUCAGGUAUUGGUAAAGAAACAGUCAAAGAAUUAGCAACACGAAAAGCUACAGUCAUUAUGGCUUGUCGAAAUAUGCAAAAUGCCAAAAAUGUUAUUUCUGAAAUUCGUCAUCAAACUCCUAACGGCGAACUGAUUCCAAUGGAAUUAGAUCUUGCAUCACUUUCAUCCAUCAGAGAAUUUGCAGCUCAAGUAUUAAAGAAUUUUCCUGAAAUUCAUGUAUUAAUUAAUAAUGCUGGCAUAUAUACACCACUCAAGGACCAUGCAAUUACCGAAGAUGGAUUUGAAAUUCACUUUGGUGUCAAUCAUCUUGGACAUUUUUUAUUAACCAAUUUACUUAUAGACCGUCUUAAAGAAAAUGCACCUAGCAGAGUUGUUAUUGUAACAUCUAAACUCUUAGAAUCAGGUGUUAUUGAUUUUUCAAAUUUAAAUGGUGAAAAAGGUAUAACGACUAAAGGACGUAUGAAUCCAGGUUAUUGUAACUCAAAAUUAGCAAAUGCAUAUUUUGGCAUGGAACUUGCAAAGAGAAUGAAAGAUUACAAUGUGAAUGUUUAUAUGGUUUGUCCUGGAUUUGCUUAUACAGGAUUGUUCAGAAAUGUCAAACGAAGUCGUUUUCAUUAUAUUUUAUUCUCUCCAAUUGCUUUAUUAUUUCUAAGAACUGCAAACCAGGGUGCACAGACUGUGCUACAUUGUGCCAUUGAACCUUCCUUAGCCGAUGAAAGUGGGCAUAUUUAUCGAAAUUGUGAGCUUUAUGUAUCUGAAAAGGAAUUAGAUCCUAAAAUAGCACUUCAGUUAUGGGAAGUAAGCGAAAAAAUGAUAGCUGCCAAAGAGACUGCAAAAUAAAUGAUUCAUUCGAUUCACAUCAUUUUACUCUAAACGAUUUGGGCAUUCAAAGUUUAUUUUUGUAUAUAAAUUAGUACUGUAAUAGAUAUAGUGGUAUGUAUUUUUAUUAUCACUAUUCUUUUAAAAAAUGUUUAUUUAUAAUUUGGUGAAUUUUUGCAUUAUUACUGCAUUUGUUAAUAUGCAUGAGAUAUACAAGAUAUUACCAACAGAAUAUUAUAAUAUUCUGCAUGGUGUAGCCAACUAAACUUAAGUAGCUGAAAAACAAACAGAAUGUUACAAAUAAAAGUCUUCAACAAUAUUAAAAAAAUUUUUUCACUGAUAUAGAUUAAAACAUAGAGGAAAUAAUCUUUUUUAAAAUACAAUUUACAAUAAAUGUAAUUAUGUUAUGAAAUUAUUAGAAGCAAAGUGUAUUUUUGAAAAUACAAGUAGAACACAAUAUAAAGUAUAAUACUAUUAUAUUUUAAGAUAUCUCAGAAACGUGAAUUGUAAUGUAAAUAAUAAGUCAUGGAUAUGUGUACAAUCUUGCUUUAAUUUUGUAUUUUUCUUAUAUUGCAAUAUUUGUGUUAAAUAUAUAUAUAUAUAUAAAAAAAGAAAAAAAAAAGAAAAGAAAAAAACUAUAGGCAUAUUCGUAACAUUUAAUUGUCAUUUAAAACUUGAAAAGAAACAUGUACGUUUUAUUUAUAACAUAUCAUCUUAAUUAAGAAAGAUUAAAUAAAAAAUUUCAUUAAUCAUCUUAAUAAAUCCAAGUAUAAAUGUAAUAUUUAUCUAAUAAAUUAUGAUCACAUUCGGUAAAUGCUUCAGAACUUUGGUUGGUCCUCUUAUACAGUUUAUCCAAUCUUUAAAUAAUCUUAAAAUCAAAAAUCUACAUUUUUAUAUAUUAUUCUUUAUAUUAUAAGGAGAAACGCAACAUAGCUGAGAAGCUCAGAAAAACAAUUUGAAAUUUUUUUAGAAAUAUACAUAAUAUCAUCUGCUUCAUAAAAUAUUAAUUAUUGAAGAGAUAAUAAAUAAAAUAUAAAUCACAAAUACUAUGUAGAUAUAUACAGAAUGAAUUGUGUAAUUCAACAAGCUAUAGAACAUUAUUAAAGAUAGAAAAAACUAUCAAGUUAUUAUUAAUAGAAUCGCAUGAUUUUUUUUCUACGAUUCUCAAUGUAUUAUAAUUAUGCAACUUCUAUGAAAAAGUACUACGAUUAUAUUAUCAUUUUAUGAUAUAAAGUUGUAUUCGAAUGUGUACGGCGAUUACAGUUUUAAGAAAAUAAUAUUUAUAAAACAAUGCAACCCCCCUCCUCUCUUUUACUAUUUUCUUUCUGCAACAAUAAUAAAGAUAUACUUGAUCAAAGUUGCAUACUUCGAUCCUAACACAUUUUAUAUGUACUAAAUAACUCUUUCGAAUUUUUUUACAAGAUUUACUCGCAUAUACAAUAACUUUAUAUUUGAAUUAAUAAAUAUUACAGCCGUGGUUUCAUAA